GCACACUGCCAUCUCCAUCACCGAUGACGAAGAUGCGGCAGCCAUGGUAGCCAAUGCAGACAGCAUUCCUCCAGCCAUGGUCAGCUUGCGUGGGUCACAUGACUUCACCAAAGCACCUACGAAAGGUCAUGCGUUUGUAGUGUCCAACUUGUUCAUAAAUCUUCUGGAGGGGUCAAACUCAUCAAUGAUGGGUGUAUAGUCAUAGUUCCAAAAAAUACAAUUUCUUAGCGAAGGUUGUUAUCUACUUUAAGCACUGUUUAGAUCGGAUUGAAAGGAUUCACUUCUCACCGGCUAUGAUCAUACCGAACCCCAGGGAGGCUCUGUAGGCGAGACCAGCGGCAGCUGUGGUAGUAGAGAAGCGCUGGAAAAACUGAGGUAUGAAGACCCCCAACUUGGAAAGUAAAGAUUAGUCUCAGGAGUGUAACUUGUUCUGACGCCCAGCACCUUGAGGGUCUCCAACAUUCAAGAUGGGUUCCCCUUCGUUGAAUCACCAUACCACUACCGACUCCUCCUCUUUCAUCCUGCCCCGUCUGCAAGGCGUCGGCAAGGUGGCCAGCUUGGCUUUCAAUGAGAAGAUAAAGCAACUGAUGGCCCAGGGGAAAACCAUUUAUCACUUUGGCUUCGGUGAAUCUCCGUUCCCCGUACCGGAAGGGGCCCGUCGAGCUCUGGCGCAACACGCUGGGGAAAACUCCUACCUUCCUGUUGCAGGUUUACUAGAACUGCGCGCCCAAAUCUGUGAAUUCCACGCUCAGCUGGAUGGUCUGAUGCAUCUGGAUCCAAAUUUAGUCGUUGUUGCACCGGGAAGCAAACAGCUGAUUUACCUGCUAUUUUAUGUCUUCAAUGGUGACUUGCUGAUGUUGACACCCAGUUGGAGCACCUACAAGCCAAUGAUAUUUCUGGCCGGCAAACGGGUCUUCACAAUGGACUCCAGCAUGCAGGAUGGCUGGAAACUCACUCCGAAAAUCUUGGAAAAGGCAAUUUUGGCAAGUAACACAUCCACAAAUCGUCUGUUGAUUUUCUGCAAUCCAGAUAAUCCAACUGGCAUCAGCUACACUGAAGCUGAUCUGAAGGCAUUGAGUGUAGUUCUUCGCAAGCACAACGUGAUUGUUUUGAGUGAUGAGAUCUACGGACACUCACAGUAUGAGGGAGACUUUCUGAGUCUGGCAAAGUAUUACCCAGAAGGCACCAUUAUAUCCAGCGGCCUGUCCAAGUGUUUCAGUGCGGGAGGUUGGCGGUGUGGCUAUAGUAUUUACCCCAAGGAGUUGGGUGCACUCUACCAGACAGUCUGCGGUGCAUCCAGUCAAACCUACUCCUGUACUGCUGCUCCAAUGCAAUAUGCUGCUAUCCAUCUUUUGAAACUGGAUGAAGAGACGAAGGAAUACCUCAAAGGCUGCCGAUGCAUUAUGGGAGCUGUGGCUAAGUUCUGUCACCGGGAAUUGACAGGUUGUGGCAUCAAGGCAAUUAUGCCUGUGGCCGGCUACUACAUUUUCCCAGACUUUGAGGUCUUGCGUGCCGUCUUGGAGGCCAGAGGCAUACAGACCUGUGAACAAAUGUGCGAGGCACUCUUCAAAGAAGGAAACGUGGCCUUGAUGGCCGGAGGCCCAGCUUUCAUGCGACCUUUGACAGAGUUCACCGUGCGUCUGUGCUUUGUGAAUUUUGAUGGCGGGGCAGCGCUGGAAGGCUGGAAGCUCCAGGGUUGCAAGGAAAAACUGGAUCAGGAUUUCCUGGAUAAGUACUGCAGUCCAGUGGUCCAAGGGAUUAAGGCUAUUGUAUCCUGGGUAGAAAAGCAACUGGCGUAGCUGUAGUCACUCCAGUGGCUUAUUGCCUGAUGUCUGCAGGUGUUUACAGGAAAUCGAAGGUUAUCUUGUGGACUUUUACAUUGCAGCAUUUUGCACUCGGUGCACGGGUAUCUUUCCAAUUUCAAUGCUUUCACUCAAGGUACAGCUCUGUUGUUCUCACAUUUACAAUACAUGUGCAUGCAUAACCUUGCGCAAUAGAUUUUCUCUUAAUCUAAAUCAACGUUAAAUACAAUUAUCCAUAUACAGGUACAAUCAAUAUUGCUUUGUAAUUUUAAUUUGUGUACUAUACAUAUAUUCUUACUUUUAUUUUGUUAAUGAUUGAAGUGCACUAAAUUAUAAUGUCCUACUUUUUCUACACCCAUUAACAUGAAAGACAAACACGAAUUGAAUUAUAAGUAUACAUAACACGUGAUAUAAAAUGUACCAAAAAAUACGAAAUGCACAGGCAAUUCUUAAAUUAAUUAAAACAAAUUUCCAAGUAAUGUAUGCAAUGUAUUGUAUUUUAAAUUGUAUUCUGAGACUUAUUGAAAUUACAAGAAAUUGUAAUUUGUCAGCUUUUCAUGAUAAAUUGUAAUUAUUGAACUUAGUUCAACUCAAUUUGUAACACUCAUGACUUGUUUAACAGCACCCAUUGCUUUAACGAUGUAUAAUUGUUUAUGAUUUAACAAAAAAAGUAAUGUGAUUUUUACACAAAAUGAUAAGAUUUUAAUUAAACAUCCUUUCAUUAAAAUUGAAUGAUAGUGUCAAUUUAUACACACUUGA